AGUAGGCAGAGAGAGGAAGUGAUGCAGGAGAAAUGCCCACAAUGUAGCUGCUACACUCAAUGACUAAAAAGGGGGAAGCACAAAGAAAUACCCUGCUUACAGCCCGAGAAGGUCCUUUAAACUCACUCCAAAAGAGCCAACAUCAUUCAACAUGGAUUCAACAGCACUAUGUGGUUUACUAGCACAUUGUUUUGUUUAAAAGAAAGAGUUGAAUAGGAUAUAGAUGUGUGAAGUUUUUAGCCAGCUAGUUAGCUACAGUAUAGCAAUCUGACGAGUUUGCCUUCAGUUCGUCUCUCUGGUCGCUACAUUGUAUCAACUUAACUUCAUUUGUUACUGGCGCCUCUCUGAAGUGAUGUUCAUCCAAUACCACAGGAUCAAAUACUCCACAAAAGCAUUGCGGAUGUCAAGGUCACAAUGAUGGAGCAGAAUAGAAAGACACUUUGAUCUGUGGCCAAUGCCUUCAGAGGGAUUGUCUGGUUUUUAAGUCUUGCAGUGAAUUGUGGCAGAUUUGGCACAGUCCUGAGGGUAUGUUGAGACGUCUCGCAGGGCCAGAGAAGAGGCGUCUAGGUGGUUCGGACGGGGACUGAAGGCGAGGAGGAAAGACAGACGAGGGACCAGGGAGGAAGACAUGGGUCAGUGUGUCACCAAGUGCAAGAAUCCGACGUCUUCACUCGGCAGCAAGAGUGGAGACAAGGAGGGCGGCUCCAAGUCCCACCACAAGAAAGGAGGCAGCGGUGGCCACAAAGAAGAGCCCAGCGCCCCAUGUAGCAAAACCACCAGUGAGCUGUCGAAUGGCACCAAGGCCAUGGAGGUUACAGUGGAGACGCCCGUCAUCCCUGCACUGAUGGGGGAACCACGCAAGGACGAGUGUCUGGACGGAGACGGGCUGUCGAUACUGCGCAUUGAGGAGCUGUUCUGCUGCUACAAGGAUGGACACGAGGAUGCCAUCUUGGAGGAAGGCAUGGAGAUGUUUUGUAAUGACCUGUGUGUGGACCCGGCAGAGUUUCGUGUGCUCGUUCUUGCCUGGAAGUUUCAAGCAGCCACCAUGUGCAAGUUUACAAGGAAGGAGUUUGUUGACGGCUGCAAGGCCAUCCAGGCAGACAGCCUCGAGGGCAUCUGCUCACGUUUCCCCGUCAUGCUGCUGGACGCCCGGGGCGAGGAGAACUUCAAGGACCUGUACCGCUUCACCUUCCAGUUUGGCCUGGACGCAGACGAGGGCCAACGUUCGCUGCAGCGCGAGAUCGCCAUCGCCCUGUGGCGCCUGGUGUUCACCCAGAACUCGCCAUCGAUCCUGGAGCACUGGCUGGACUUCCUGUCGGAAAACCCCUCAAGUAUCCGAGGCAUCUCGAGGGACACGUGGAACAUGUUCCUCAACUUCACCCAGGCCAUCGGGCCAGACCUGAGCAACUACAGCGAGGACGAGGCCUGGCCCAGCCUCUUCGACACCUUCGUGGAGUGGGAGUUGGAGCGCAGGAAAAAAGAGGAGGAACAGGCACUGAUGGCGAAGGAGGAAGAGGGGAGGUGUACUGAGACAGAGUGUUCUCCCACCACAGAUAGACUUGAAACAGAGGGAAGCCGCGGCUCACAGACGUGGGGGGGCCACUGACCAGGAAUCAAGAUGUAAGGGAGGGACAGAUAUGAUCUACACCUGAACUGCACAUCUGUGAAUCAUUGGAUACAUAUUAGUAUUACCAUUACAGCUGUUCAUUUCGCUCUCCUUUUCUGUUGGGGUGGGAGUCCUGCUUUGCACCCUUAUGUUUUUUGGUUUUCGAAAGGGCUCUAAGAAAUGUUAUUUUAAGCACUUCUAUUUAAGUUAUUGUUUUACUUUUUCCCUCCUCCCAUGUGUGUUUUUAGUAAUUGGACAUGUGGUCCAUUUUAACCUCCACCUACCUACCAUAACCCGGCAGAGUUAGAAAGAAAAACAGGCAACAGAAAGCCAUAACCUUCUCCCACAAUUAUCAUAUAGACAGUUCAUUUUGACCUGGUAACACUGCUGAUAUGUUUUGUAUAAGGUAAAAUAAUAAAGAAGAAGGGAAAUCUUGUUAACUACACAAAUAAUGUCUUACUGUCAAAACAUGAGAUUUAGCAUAAGGGUCAGUGAAAUCAUCUUGAUUGGGCUAAUCUAGAUAGAUUGUAUGCUUUUAUCUUGCAGUGCUGUGAGGAUGAAUUGGUUGCACUCGUAUCGCCUUCACAACUAUCGGUAACAGUAAUGGAUUACAAUCCUGUCACAAGGGCAUUUUGUUUUUAAAGAUAAUACAAUUGUAAUAUCCAUUUAAAAUCCAAGUUGGUUUCCAUGGUAACAGACCCACCCUCUCUUCUGUGUUGAGUGUUUUUGAGUGCUACUAGUGCAGCGAGCGGCUUAGCUUGUUUAAGCAGCUGGCUGCGCUCCCUUCUCUACCAUUUUAAUGUCCACCUAUUUUCAAGAAGCAGUUAAGUGUGUACAACACAAUGAUGCUGGCUUUUUUUUUCUCAGAUGACUCACUGAUCUCAUUUUAGGAAGUCUGUGACACAACAAAUCAGCUAAACCUAGGUCUUGGUCAUUUCUCAAUAGAUUACAUUCAGGACCGUUAACUAUGGGCGCCACACAAAUCUUAUGUUGUUUACCUUCAGGAGUCUUCACAUCCUUGAACUGCUAUACAAAAAAAAAACGUAUGCGCACUUCACAAUUAAUGUUGACUGCUGCUGGUGAUGGUUGUAAUGAUUUCACAUAAAACCAAUGGCAUGCUUAGUCGCUGUACUUGCAACGCUUUGCAGAGAGAUUGAUUGUCAACCACAUUAUUUCCAUUUCGAAACUUUUCCAAACUGUAGAUUGAUCUUUAAGUAUAGCCUAGGGUGUUUUGGGAUGAGUGUUAACUAGACAUGCUGGCUAAUCAAGAGUCUGUGGUAAGGGUCCAGUGUGGUAAGAGGGUGGCCAUAACCUGAUCUGUUUGGUUUACAUCAAUGGUUUUAUUUCAGACCCCCCUUUGUCCUUUUUUUUUUUAUAUAAAAUGUAUUGAUUUAUAAUAAAUAAAAAACAGUGUUGAACUUUUGACUGUUGGACCAU